AUGUACUCCGAAGAUAACCAACAACAACAGCAACCACCACCACAACAACAAGCUCAACAUCACCAAGGGCAACAAGGACAACAAUCACAACAACAGCAACAGCAACAACAGCAACAACAGCAACAAUCUCAUCAUCAUCACCAUCUGUAUCUGCACCACCACAACCGCCACCAGGAACAUCACCAUGGCAGCAUCAACUCAGCAUCUACAUUAGCAACUCCUACGGCAUUGCCACCUUUUACGACAACAUCAGCCUCUACUAUACAUCAUAACACAUCUUCAUUAUUACCAGAAGAACAAGCUCAAUUCAGACAAGUUUGUUUCAAUCCAUCCACUGCAUCCGGUGCUAUACCAACCGCUGCAGAAGCUGCGACUGCAACGUCGACUGGUAACAAUUUUCACACAACGGCACCAAUGAUGCCCAACUCACCACCGUCAACACCGUUUGCACCAGAACAACAACAACAACAACAACAACAACAACAACAACAAAAGAAACAAGAACCCACCAGUCAAAAGAGACUAUCGUCUUCUUCAUCGGAUUCGACUAAACGUCUAAGACUAGAAAAUGGUCAUCACACUACUAGUACAACAGCCACUACUGGUGCCAGUAAUACCCCUACCCCUCACACACCCAAACCGUCAACAGCCACACCAGCAACGGCCACUAUUUCCAAGACUCCUAAGUUCAUACGCAAGUUUAGGUCCAGAUCGUUACCUAUCAUCAACUACAAUAAUCCAAAUUCAGCAUUUUUUCCUCACUAUCGUAAAAAGCACAAUAAUGUGUUUUUACAAGCUAAUAAUCCUAUUACAACAACAGAGGAGAACAACGCUCAACCAACAACAUCGGUUCCACCCUUACCACCUAUCAACCUUCAAUCAUUAAAGGAGAUUGACUUGCAUGAAAUUCUUAAAAACCCACAGUUGCGACACGAUAUACUUUUCGACCCACAAUUACAAUUCAGACCCAAUUUAGAUGGUGAAAGAGGUAAACGUAAAAAGUCAAUUAUAGACAAGUAUUGGAUGGAAGUUCAAAAAGAAUGUCAACAAUUUUUUGCCCCAAAUAUUGAUCCUAAAAGUAUAAAAAUCACUCGUUUACCUAUCUUGUUUACCACAUUGAGAGAUAUAUUGUUGUCGUUAUUACCUACUAAAGAUCGUCAACAAGUUUCUGAAAUUAUGGAUAUCGAUUUAUUGGUUCAACAAUUGCGUCAUGGAAGUUUUGAUUUUGUUGAAAUGAGUAAAUGGUUGGGUGAGGUAUUCAAACUGCAUUGUGCACCGAUGAGGGAUCAAUGGGUGCUGGAAAUGAGUGCCAAAUUCAUUGAUGCAGCUAAAUAUAAUAGUGUUGGAUUUCUUGUUGGUGGAUUGAGAAUGAUUUUCCAAAUUUUGGAGGCAAUGAAAUUGGAUGUGGCAAAUCAUCAAAUUAGGAUACUAAGACCAGUAUUGAUUGAAACAGCAGUGGAUUUCGAACGUGAUUAUUUCCAAACAUUAAUCAGUCAUCAAAAGAUUAACAUUAAUGAUUCAUUAAACUGGUUUUAUAAGAAAUUUGUCAAGAAAACAGCCGAUGUCGAUUACAGCAACUUACAAGUCAAUGAAGCUACAUUGAAACCUAUUGUUAUCAGUUCUAUCAUUGAUUUAUUAUCAUGUCGUCAAAUGGCCACUGAGUUCCCAUCUACAUUGACAUUUGAUCAUACUAGAUUAGUUCUUUUGCGCGCCGAUGUUCGUCAAUUAGUUUGUGUUCAAUUAUGUGUUGUGUUGUAUAAGCAACUAGUGGUUAAUGCCAAGGCCAGUACGCAAUUGUUGUCACCAGCAAACAUCACCAAAAUCCAGCAAGAGGUUCUAGCUAUUGUUACAGACGACAAUGGAAACAUCAAAUGGACGAAGAAUAUCCAAUCAAUUGCAUUACAAUUAGUCAAAAAUGUUGUACAAAAUGGAACUAAGGAAUUGCCGCAGAACUUGGUUGAAUUUAGUCAUAAUUGGUUAGUCAAACACAUACAACCAAAUUCAGAAGUUUACGGUUUGAUGGAGAUGAAAAUUUUUAAGGAAUUGAUAGCUGAAAUUAUCGCUCUUGGAGAAGAAAAGAGUACUGAAGCCCCUACUUCCAACACCGAAAUGAAGAAUAUUGCUCAAAGAAUUGCCACUUUGGUCAAUUUCCACUGGAGUGUAUUUGGUUCUUACUACUUGGAGCAUAUUCAAUCUCAAUAUCCUAAAUUGCAAAUGAGACAACAGGAGGAAAAGAGGAGAUUGGAAGAAGCGGCAGCAGCAGCAGCAAAGACUCAAGAUGAUGAUACUGUCAUGUCGAUUGUCGAUGAAAGUACCACUACAACCAACACCCCCUCUGGUACUCAACAGCAUAAUCAAACAAGAGCACCAGAACAUCGUAAUGGGAGUACAAGUACUGGAUCAGCCACUGCAAGUAAUGGAGAUAAUAACAACUUGGACAACAAUAACAACACAUCAGCCCCAUUGAGUAUGUUAUCUUAG